GGAGGGUCGCGUAGCCGAUCGAUACGACGGUCGCUGCCGAAACUGGCGAUGGUGUCCAUGGCGGCUGUUGUGCGUGUUGCGGCGUGGCGCGACCUGCACGCGAUUUACGCCCGGUGAGAUCAAACGUGGUCGCGUGGCAAACGGAGGGUCACGGUGCUUGUGGUGUGCGGGUGAGCGGGUGCUUUGACACGAGCGGCCCGAGAUGACCGCGAGACGCGAGCGUAGGGCGUGGUGAGAGAGCGUAGCCGACGGCGGCCUCCCCGCAGACGCGAAACCCUGAGCCCUCCCUGAUCGGGUGACCACUCAGAGGGACACACAAGGUGAAGGUGAUGUAGAAAGAAGGCUUAAAAUAUCAAAGACCAACAUCUACUUUGACGGGGGCACUGCAAUACAACAGAGGAUAAGACGGGCGACGAAGACAAGAAGAUGGUAUCUCUGCCUAACGCAGAGUCUGGCACAAUGGACAGAAUCUCGGAUGACGACGAUGAUGAGCCAAGUAGCGGGUCCGAAACGUACGAGGAAGGCGAUCUCCUCACGGCUGCCAUGGACGAUGACGUGACGGCCCAGCUAGCAGCUGCAGGUUGGCAAAUCAAACACGCUAAUGGCCCUGUCGGCGUAGCCGCAGCCGCCGCCAUUGUCUCGGCGAAAAAGAGAAAACGACCUCAUAGUUUUGAAACAAAUCCCAGCAUUAGGAAGAGGCAACAAAACAGACUCCUUAGAAAACUCAGACAAACCAUUGAUGAGUUCGCGACGCGAGUUGGACAGCAGGCAGUAGUAUUAGUAGCUACACCAGGAAAGCCAAACAGUAGUUAUAAAGUAUUUGGGGCGAAGCCGUUAGAAGAUGUAGUAAAAAAUUUAAGGAAUGUUAUCAUGGAAGAACUUGAGAGUGCGCUCGCACAACAAGCUCCACCUCCAGUACAAGAUGACCCAUCCUUAUACGAAUUACCACCUCUUAUAAUAGAUGGCAUACCCACUCCUGUCGAGAAAAUGACACAAGCUCAGCUCAGGGCGUUUAUACCGUUGAUGCUGAAGUAUUCCACGGGCAGGGGUAAACCUGGUUGGGGCAGGGAUAGUACACGACCGCCCUGGUGGCCGAAAGAAUUACCUUGGGCAAAUGUCCGAAUGGAUGCGAGGUCCGAGGAUGAGAAACAAAAGAUUUCUUGGACGCACGCGUUAAGGCAAAUUGUAAUAAAUUGUUAUAAAUUUCACGGAAGAGAAGAUCUUCUACCGGCGUUCAGCGAAGAGGACGACAAGUCAAACGUAUUAAUACAACAAUCAACUCCUCAUUCCUCGUCGCAUCAGUCACAUUCAUCGACGCAAGGCCAAGGUGGACAGUCGCAGCAGCAACAGACGAUGACGACUCAGUAUCCAACGGCAGUUCUGCAAACGAUAACGAAUCCGGACGGUACUGUUUCAAUCAUCCAAGUGGAUCCCAACAACCCAAUAAUAACGUUACCGGACGGUACAACGGCUCAAGUGCAAGGCGUUGCUACCAUUCAUACAAGUCAAGGAGAAGUUCAAGCUCUCGCCGAAGUAGCAGGUAGUGCAGAGGGUACUAGCGUCGCUGUCGACCUAAACAGUGUCACAGAAGCGACACUAGGCCAAGAUGGCCAGAUCAUUCUCACAGGAGAAGACGGACACGGCUAUCCUGUCUCGGUGUCAGGCGUGAUAACAGUACCGGUAUCCGCUAGUAUGUAUCAGACAAUGGUUGCCAAUAUACAAAGUGACGGUACGAUGCAGGUAGUCACGCCGAUGGUUCAAGUCCCGAAAGUCGAGCCGGGAAACGGGGAAACUAGCAUCGAGGCCGUCACUAUUCAGGGUCAUCCAAUGACAAUGAUAAACGCAGCCGGUGAACAUCAAGUUCUUCAAGUGAUAUCGCUGAAGGACGCCAACGUUCUCACCAAAGCCAUGCAGGCUGAAGUAGUGAAGGACGAGGACAGUCAACAACAACAAACCGUCUCUAGUCCAGAAUAAAGCGUUUUACAUAGUUAAUAAAGAAAUAAGGAAAAACAGAAAAGAAACAGAGAUAAAGAG